AUGCUCGAUCCCUUCUCAUGUCUUUCCAUCGCCACGGGCGCCGUUCAAUUCAUUGACUUUGCAAGUAAGCUGAUCUCGAAAGGGAUCGAGAUACAUCAUUCCGCCCAUGGCAUGUCAGUGGAGCAUCUCGAGCUUGAAGCUGUGGCCGAGAACAUGCUACAGCUCAGCAAAACUCUCCAGACUGCGGAGCAGAGAACGAAACAGGAAAGACAGGAAAGAAUGCAGAGACAGUUGAACGAGAACAUUCACGAGAUCUGCCAAGCUUGUAACAAAUCAGCUGGUGAAUUCCUUGUGGUCAUUGACGAUUUGAAGAUCGCGGGUAAGCAGUCGGGAUGGAGAAGCUUUCGACAGGCUUUGUGUGAGGUUUGGGGUUCCGUUGAGGUCGAAGCACUUGCAAAACGUCUAGAUAGGCUCCGAGCCCAAUUGAAUUCCAAUUUGAUGAAGAGUCGCCAAAUGGACCAUACAGAAACGCUCAACAACUUGGAUCAUCGCACGCAGGCUGUUCUUGACAGAAUAUCGACCAUGGCUAGGACAAAUGAAAGCUGGCAGACGGAGAUUUUGACUGCCAUCUAUCGGCAAGGCAUGAACAAAUAUGAUUCGAAUGGCUUCCGUGCGCUUUCAGAGGGCCUUUCAAAGCAGGCCAAAGCGCAGUGGGCAAAUCUGAUGGCACCGAAACUUAUCAACCGUUUGCGUUUCCCAGGCAUGUUUGAGCGGCAUGCUAGGAUCUCGCAAGCACAUCGACGAACGUUUGACUGGAUCUAUCUUCCGCCCGACGCAGAGAAGGCGUCCUGGAGCAACUUCGUUACAUUCCUAGAGGAGGACAGCGAUCUCUAUUGGAUAACCGGCAAGCCUGGAUCCGGAAAGUCGACUUUGAUGAAAUAUCUAUCCGACAACCGUCACACCAUGAAGCAUUCUCGCCAAUGGUCGGGGAAUACCGAGCUCCUUCGUGCAGGCUUCUUCUUCUGGAACUCCGGCAGCGACAUGCAAAUGUCAGAGUUGGGACUGAUUCAAACUCUGCUCUAUGAGUGUCUAAAGCAAAAGCCAAAUCUUGUGAAAGUGGUCUUUCCGGAUAGAUGGCGCAUGUGCGAACUGUAUGGCGACGAUCUCCAUCCGUGGACUUGGGACGAGCUCUUGCAAGGCUUCAAAACUUUCUGCAAGAUUACAUCUCAGAGUAGUAAGCUGCUGUUCUUCAUCGACGGUUUAGAUGAAUUCCACGGAAAGCAUGAAGAUCUCAUCGAACUCGUUCAAACCCUAGCGAAGUCACCAAACAUUAAAGUCUGCGUGUCCAGUCGGCCAUGGCUGGUCUUCGAAGACGCCUUCAAGACUGGAGCGAGCCUGCUCCUCGAAGACCUGACGUUUUCAGACAUUGCAACUUUCGUAGAAUCUCAGCUUUCCGCGAAUAGGCACUUCAAGGAGUUGCGGAUUAGGGAUCUCGAACAGGCGAGGAAUCUCGAAAUACAAAUCGCGAAGAAGUCGCGUGGCGUCUUUCUUUGGGUCCGCCUCGUCGUGGAAUCUCUCCUCCAGGGUCUCAUGAACUCAGAUCGGCUUAGCGAUUUGCAAAAGAGGUUGGACCUAAUUCCUUCCGAUUUGGACGGAUUCUAUGCAAGCAUUCUCGAUCACUUGGAUCCUUUCUAUUUCGAGCAUGCAUCACAGCUAUUCCAGAUUCUACGAGAAGCGCAAGGUUCUCUGUCUCUCCUCGACUUCUCUCUUGCCGACGAAGAAGACCCAGAUGCAGCUAUAAAAGCGGAAAUCCAGAUCCUGAGUCACAAAGAUAGGGCACAUCGGUGCGAAACGAUGAGGCGACGCAUCAACAGCCGCACCAAGGGUCUUCUGGACGUUCCCACCCUCGAGCAUCAUCGCGCUGAAGCCGAAUUCCUCCAGCUAGAUACUCUCAAAGUUGAAUAUCUCCAUCGAACAGUGAAAGAUUUCCUACAGGCUCCUGCGGUGUGGAGAAGGAUUGAAAAUGGAACGCAUCCCCCGUUUGAUCCAUGCCUCUCGCUUGCACAAGCAUUCCUCAUGAAAGCGAAGGACAACGGCCCCGACAGAUUGACUGGAGUAGACGAAAACAUGUGGCACAUCAUUGAGAAGUGCGAUACCUAUAUCCGAAAAGCAGAGUCCCGAACAUCGACAACCUAUCCUGCGCUA